AUGUACGCCUUUCAGACAGGCUCUCAGCCUGCCUCUCAAUCUCCAAAGGAGAAUUUCGCUCCUCGAGUCACUCCAAACAUCCUUCCUUGCCGAAUUAACCACGAUGGUCCGAUCGACUCUUCCGAACGGUUCUGGGCGCCUGUCACAGAUGAAGAAGCCAAAAAGACUGCCUACUUCCGUGGGCGCAAACUUCGUGGUCGACGCGUUGCAGUUCCAGACGGCUAUCAAGGUAUGAACCCUAGACGUGAACCUCCUAGAAACACCCAAUUCCCUAGCCUAACUUGGUCGACCCUCUAUUUUUCAGGAAUUGUCGCUAUACCGACGGACCGCGUGCUACCAACUUCUCAACAGACCGACAAGAACGCAUUAGACGACGACGAGGUUGUUGAGGUCCUGCCAGAGGAGCCAGUCAAUAUUCUUGAAACGCAAGGAACAUUUGAUGGGAUGGUAGUAUGGGGGCACGAAGUUCUUCCUGCUUCGGAUGAUACGUUCGUCAAGGGGGUAGAGGAGUGGAUACGCUUUGCUGAGACUAUGCAUGGGACACCGCUGCCCGCCGCGAAUAGUAAUAAAAAGUGA